GUAUAAAAUAAGCGGAAAGAAGAUAUAUGUUUGUGUAUUGUAACACACGCGAAAGUAAUUCAGAUAGUUGUUUUGCCUUUAAGUCGCAACACGACUGCGAGCUCGAGCCGUGCGCUUGUUAUUCAUCGCACCGUUAUGUGUGAGUUAUGAGACUAUAAUCAAACCUCAAAAUACAUAAACAAGCAUGAAUUAGGUUUAGAGCUCACUUUAGGGUUUAAAGACUGUGUGUUGUACCGACUAUGAAAGAGAGCAUUCAAGACGGCAACUUGAAGAAUGUGAUUUGAAGUUGCAGAUAUUUUAUGAUGAAGAGAAACAAAGAUGUUAACAUGAGAUUUUAACAUGUAGAUGAAAUCAUCCUAAAAUAAAGCCCGUAUCGGUGAAUUAUACUUGAAUAGAUUACAGUCUGUCUGCUUCAGCGUGGUACAUUGUUGCACUGAAAGGCACAAAGAUGAUGUACUCUUCACGCAGAAAACCAGUGCUGUAUUUUAAAGAUGACAGAAGGGCUUCACUGUGCCUCCUCUGGGCUUUCUCGGGGCCAGUGGCCUUUGGCCUUCCGAUUACCCUUGGGUCAAACAAGGCCAACAGGAGAUUUAGAUGGUGUGCUGGGACAUCGUCCUGCUGUCAGUGGAGAGACCACUCAGGACAACAUGGCAGUUACAGUCGUUUUCUUUCCAGGAAAUGCACCGUCUGGAAGCUUUUUGGAUUCUGCAUGAUGUUUGUUCUGGGGUCCCUUCUUUGGGUGCAGCUGACUUGUUCAGGAGACAUAAGCCAGACUGCUGUUGGGUACAGCCACUUUCCUCACCAGCCCUGUCCUAUAGAGAAACAAGAGUCUUCUGUUGAUGACCCAUCAUGGGGCACUCACAAAAUGGCCCUCAUCGUUCCAUUCAGAGAGCGCUUUGAAGAACUUCUUGUAUUUGUCCCAUAUAUGCACGCUUUUCUCAACAAAAAGAAAAUACGGCAUAAAAUAUUUAUUAUCAACCAAGUGGAUCGAUUUCGAUUCAAUCGAGCCUCACUUAUUAAUGUUGGCUAUUUGGAGAGUGGUAAUGACACAGACUACAUUGCGAUGCAUGAUGUAGACUUGUUGCCUCAAAAUGAGGAUCUAAACUAUGGAUUCCCAGAGGAGGGACCCUUUCAUGUGGCUUCACCAGAGCUUCAUCCCUUAUAUCAUUAUAAGACUUAUGUGGGUGGGAUCCUGUUGCUCGCGAAGAAACAUUAUCAGAUGUGCAAUGGAAUGUCAAAUCGCUUUUGGGGAUGGGGAAGAGAAGAUGAUGAAUUCUUCAGAAGACUGCGAACUACUAAACUUCAGCUUUUUAGGCCAAAGGGUAUUACUACAGGAACUAAAACAUUCAGACAUAUCCACGAUCCAGCUUGGAGGAAGACAGAUCAGAAGCAGAUUGCUGCACAAAAGCAGGAGCAAUUUAAGGUGGACCCAGAGGGUGGCCUAAUUAACCUCCGCUACAAGGUGGAGUCCAGACAGGAACUGACCAUCAGUGGAGCUCCAUGUACUGUCAUCAGCACGUCUCUGGAUUGUGACCUCAGCCAGACUCCAUGGUGUCAAUUCAGCUAAUAUGCUUCAGCAGGACCUGUAAAGCCAGAAUGGUACCAAUUCUCCCUCUGUGAUGGCAGGAAAGCUUUCACAGAUUAAUAGUGUCAGUCACACAUGAAAAAUCACCCUGAUCGUCUAACCAAAAGGACUUGAGCUGGUGAUUAUGUUAGGGAAAAUGACACAGACACUCUUUGAGGUUGUAUUUUUAUAGGUUAGUGUUAUUUUCUUCGUCCAUGAUGAAGCACUGCCUGUAUAGCUGCCUCAACUGAACUAUGGACCAAUUUCAGGUACUGCACAGAGUUUGCAUCAGCAAAAUUGCCUGUAUGAGCAUCCAAAUGUCAGUCUUUUAAUGAUGGGUUUUAUAAUAUUUUAUUAGUAGUGACCUGUUUUGGACAGUUUCUCAUAGUGCAGUUGUGGUCUUGAAAGAAUUCAAGGUUCUUUUUGCUUUAAUUGAAAUCUACAAAAUUGCUCUUUGAAGGUAAAUCAGUAGCAAAACUCGAGAGCUAGCAUAUUUGGAUUUGAGAACUUGUACAGUAAAUAUUUGUAUUUGUAAGUUGAAAUUUACACUCACAGCACCAAUGUGAAAACUUGUAAAAUAAAAAUUUGAAGUUGAAUGUUGCAA